CUUUGACACAAACACCCACAGGGCGUGGAAAAAGUCUAGCCCUUUUUACUGCACUUUCUUUGCCUCUUCCCAUCAGUCUGCUGUUCUGUGUGCUGAGGUGUUGACUCCAUCUGCUUCAGCUGUGUCUCAGCAGCAGGCAAACAGCAACUUUUUUAACACACUCGGGACACAAGAGAUGGCGGGGGAGGUUGUUCCUGAGGGUCCAGACCUGAAGGAGAUGGGCGAGGAGGAACUGUGGGAGCUGAUUAACGACAAUCGCCACCGGAUCUCCUUGGGUGUGCGGCCAUGCAUCGUGAUCCCAUACCUGAGGCAGGCCAGGGUCCUCACCGAGAUGGACGAGGACGAGAUCCUGUCCUGCCACAACCUCACCAACCGAUGCAUGAGAACCAGCUACAUGCUAGAUCUGCUGAGGACCCAGGGGAGGAAUGGUGCUGUGGCAUUGCUGGAGAGCCUGAUGAUUCAUUACCCAACCCUCUACACCCAAGUCACUGGACGCAAACCCAGUACUGAGCCCUCCAGAUUCAGUGGCCUGAUAAAGUACUCAGAGCUGACUGAGUACCUGGUCCGAGCAGUGACGGGGAUGCAGAAGGAACUGCAGGAGGCCCGUUGUGAAGCCGGCAGGAUGAGUGCACGCUGUGCCUCCCUGGAGUUGGAAAUUGGACAGAUAAUGGAACAGGAGGAGAAGUCAAGGUGCCUCCAGUCCGAAAACGAGCGAAUGCAGAGAUACUUGUGUUCUCUGCAGCGUGACGUGACCAAGCUGAAGGAUGAGAAGUGUGAUUUGUACAUACGCUACACAGCAGCCAUCGAAGAGCAAUCAGCUGUGAACGAGCGGCUCCACAACCUGAACCUGCAGCAGGUAUAUCAGCUGCAGACUGAGCUGCAGAAUGUCCAAACUGAGACUGACGUCCAGAAGAAACUCUCGCUCAGGUGUGUUUCUACUCCAGAAACGCCACAACUGCAAGAAGAAGUCAGGAGCCUGCGCUGCCAGCUGGCCAAGGCAGAGAAACUGGACCCAGCUCGUCAGGACAUCCUGGCCCAGGACCUGGCUGAGGCCAUUGAUAGUCAGGUGGAGCUAGCAGGACAACUCAGGUGUUACAGAGAGGAGAAUGAGCAGCUGCUCAGAGACAAGCAAGGGCUCCUGGAUCAGAAGCAGUGUCUGAGCCUUCAGGUGGAGCAGCUGACACUGGACUGUAAAAUGCAUCAGCAAAAGAGCACUAUGAUCCAAAGCCAGAUGAGAGAGCUCCAGGCAGAGAGAGACCAGGCGUACUUGUCCAGAGAUGAGGCCCAGGCCAUGAUCGCCCGCAUUCUGGCUGAGAAGGACACCCUGAGGUGCCAGCUGGUGGAGCUGCAGGAAAGGGUCUUCAGCCUGCAGGCGACGCACAACUCCAGACAACAACGGCAGAGCUCUGAUGAGGUGGAGGUUGCCUGGGAGAGCAUGAAGUCCAGCUGUGAAGAAUUCAGAGCUCCAGCUAGACGCCGGCUCUGCCGCAGUAAUGCAGUUAAUCCCAUGUCAUUGAGUUCCAGCAAUUCAGAGUAUGAAGAUGCUGCAGCAAGUAGUGUCCGAUCCCGAAACGCUGAGCCACCCAGUCCAGAGUCUAUUCGUCGAAGGCAGAAAGCUCUAAAUGCAGAAAGCAGCUGCGAAACAGCAGAGUCUGAUUAUCUACUAGACGACUUUGUGUUCCUCCCCAGCGUUGGCAGUGAAGACAAACAGACUCCCAGGUUUUCCUCUUCUAGUGGCUCCAGCUCUUGCGGCCUGCCCAGAACCUUAGCCCCUCCCUUCCUGGUGCGAUCUCGUCCAAAAGCAAUCCGUGUCAACGGUCGAAUCCUGAGCAUCUCCUUCCAAGGCGAAGAACUACUCAGGCAGCUCACAGUGGUGGGUGGCAAUAAGACCGGAGUGUUUGUGCACCAGGUGACUGAGGGGAGCGCCGCCCAUACUGUGGGUAUCAGCAAUGGGGCACAGAUAGUGGAGGUGAAAUACGAGCAGAACCAUAAGGCUCUGAAGAUGGUGCUGGAGGAUUCCACGUUAGAGGAAGCUAUGUGGGCUCUCGGCCAGGUCACAGGCCUCUGUCACCUCUCCCUCCGGCCCAGACAAGAUGACUAUGAGGCGCUGCUGCAGCAGCUGCGGAGCUGUGAAACAUCUUCUGGAGACUCCUUCUACGUACGAGUCAACAUGUCCCUCCCUGCUGGUCCUGGAGGAACGCUGGCCGUGUCCUGCAACGACAUCCUGCACGUGACGAACACCCAACCUGCAGGCACGGAGGAUAUGUGGUACGCCAGCCAAGUUCACCCCUGUCAGCUGCUGGACCUCCAGAGUGGAACUGUACCCAAUUAUUACAGAGCACAGCGACUCCUGAUUCGAGCCAUUGAAGAUAUGAGCUUUCAAACAAAGAAAUCUCCAAAGAUUUGUCGUGUGGUGGCCCAGAAUAAACAGAAGGCAGUGAGGAUUGUGAGCACCGGGCGUCUGGGCAGGAACCCACUGUGGGUCAGUGUGGAGGGUGAAAAGACCAAGAGCGUGGAUUCAGGUGCCACAUCUGCACCCAAAGGUUGUGUAACCCUCAUGCCCUACACCCUGGUCACCCCCCACUAUCCACCCAUCUGCAGGCCUGUCUUGCUGCUGCCCACCGUCCUGGGGCGCAUCCUCGACAAGAAGCUGGCAGGCUGGCAGGGCUUUCAGCUCUGUGAACCAGAGGUGCUGAGCUCCAGUGAACACACCACCCGCCUGCAGAGGUCUGAGAUCCUGGAGGAGUGUGAACAGGGACGCUGCUGCUACACCCUGCAGAGUGUCGAGAAAGUCAUGAAGAAGGGAAUCCACUGUGUGCUGCCUUUAGGCCUCGACUGUGUGCGGCGGCUGCACCGCUCUGAGAUCUUCCCCAUAAUCAUUUAUGUUGGCCAGACUGCACGUAGUGCACGCAAACUGAGGUCAAAGCUGCAGCGUCACGGUCAGUCGGAGGAUCAGCUGCUGGCGUGUUCAAGGAGCGAAGAGCCGCUGCUGGACAAACUGCCAUGUUUAUAUCACACCGUGGCUCCAGACUCCUGGUGUGAUCAGACGUCCCUGCUGACCAGCCUUCGUACCAUCAUCUGGGAGGAGCAGAAGAAGAUCGUCUGGGUGGAGCCCGACCUGUGGUGAAGCAGAGCACGGAGCAGAACACAAUCCAACAAACAAUAGCAGGAAUUAUAAUUCCUCAGAGGGCUUUUUUGUAUAUUAGAAUAUAUUAACAGGAUAAAUGAGCUUUACAAGAAGUAGAUUUGUCAACAUGAGUAUGUAUCUAUGAUACUUUAUAGUGUGUAUGCAGACAUAUGAUUAUUUACUGUACCUAGAAACAUUUUCUACACUCUGUGUUGCCUCCCUGUUUGAGGUGUUUGUUUAAAAUAUUUGUAUAGUGUCCUCUGAAGACACCUACAUAUAUCAUUAAAACAUACUGUACUGGGU